GUAUGUAGUGGUACCGGGUACGUAGGCACAUGGUGAGAUUGACGAGGUUACUCUCAGCUGAUCUCUAAUAUUAUCCAGCUAUUGAGAUUUAUAUUUGUGUGUGACGUAUUGUUUUGUCAAGCCAGUAGACUACAAGAGUUGAAUCCUCUUUGCAAAUCCAUGUUGUGUGAAGCCUUCUAUUGUAUUAAAGCAAGAAGUUUCUUAAGGGGUUUUUUCUAGCAUUGCUCUUUUAGAAAUCUUCCGACUUGUAGACGACCUUAGAGACACUUAUAGAGACUUCCAAGUGCUCAGGUGCUAAGAUGAUGAAAAAAACUGUAAUUGUAAUAACAUCCAUCGGUGUUCUCGCGACAGAAGUAAUAUGGCAGUUGUACAAGGGGUACAGAAGUUCUCAAGGGAAAGCGAUUAAUACUUCCAAUGGCUGCGCAAAGCAGCUUUCCAGAAAUAAAAAACCAAUCCACGAAGUCAUGUUCUUUUCGAAAGACUCGUCUUUAUGUCGAACACAUUUGGAAUGUAUGAAACCAUGUGCAGCGCUGAAUUGUCCAAUAAGACACUUGAGGACGAUUAUAAACUAUCUGGAUUCUGCGACUGACACUUUGGACGUAUGCCUAUAUUUCUUUACAUUCCCAGCCCUAGCAGAGGCAAUUAUAAGGGCCAAAAAUAGAAAUGUUGUCGUAAGGAUGAUAUUGGACGAGUCGAUGGCACAGAAUGAUACAAGCCAAAUAAUGAGCUUUUACAAUGAAGGCAUUAAACUGAUAUCAAAAAAAUUAGACACCUUAAUGCAUCAUAAAUUUGUUGUUAUUGACAAUAACAUUUUGAUAUCGGGCAGCAUAAACUGGACUAAAUCAGCGUUUUUUGGAAAUUUUGAGAACAUGCUGAUUACCAAUGAAUCAGCAAUAGUCAAGCCAUUUAUAAACGAGUUUGAAAGGGUAUGGACGAUGCUGAAUGUUAACAAAACUACAGAAGCCAAUUCUAAAAAUUUAAAUGUACAGUAAUAGUUUAUUCCAAAGGUGUUCAUUUAAAUUAAGCGAAGGACAUCCCUGGCAAAAAUAAAAAUUGUACCGUAAGUAAGUGUAACAAUGGAAUGAAAAGAAGCAUUGAAAACUUUGUAAACACUUUACGUUUCUUUUAUAUUUCGCUAUUCCAAUCUACACUACAACGUUACUUACGCUUAUUAUUCUUGCCUUACAUUUGAUUUGCACUCCGUUUUAUUUUUACGUUUUAUUUUUGCCAGGGAUAUACAUUUUUAUUUUAUACUUUUAUAUUUCGAUAUGUAAGAAGAUUCUUGACGUGAUAUAUCGAACGUGCUCGUUUGUGGAACGAACUAUUCCUAAAAAAAGUAAUAUAUUACAGUGACAAUUUAUCUAAACUUAAUUUUGACUAUAUAAACUCUUUAUAAAUGUAUAAAGAAACAAAUGCAAUUUCUACACGUGUGAGUUUUGCAUGUUUCUUUGAAAUAAUAUAGAAAGACAAAUGAUGUUUUAUCUAGCUUUUAUGUACAUAUAAAUACAAUACUUAAUUUAACAUUUACAUUUUUAUUCUGUUCAACGUUAUCCAGUUCGUUCUGUAUGUACAUUCUGCGCGUAUUUCUGUCUCGAGAUAAUUGAUACAAAUAUGAGGUACUAAUAGGGACUAAUUCUCUAAUCGGAUGAAUCUUUGUGCUUUGGUGAAUUAAAUUUGAUACGAUAAUACAUACAGCUGAUACAGCGUGGGUGCACCAAAGGGAGUUGCCAUGACGAUUCUGACGUCACCGUGAUACCAUCUUAGUAUUAAGGAUAUCCUUUGUUUUCGCACAAAUGAAGCUGCGCUCGUGAUGCAUAUUGAUUUUCUUAACCGGGAACUGUCACGGUCUUCGGAGUUCACGGUCACGCAUAAAGAGUUCCUAAGGAGAGAUUCGUUUAUAGGUGCGCGUCAUAUAACGUGACAAAUGAAACCGUUAUUGUUUUAUUUUAUUUUAGUCAGAUGUCUAAAGGCAGAAUUAAUGAAUGAAGAUAGCAUUAUGUGAUACCUUAAAUAGAAAAAAAAGUUCCUUAGUUAUGGAGAUGGAGAAUGAACUGUAAUAGACUGUUUUUAAUAUUUCUGAGAAGACCAAUGCAACAAUUUUUAAAAAAUUUUCUUAUUAUUUCUUUUUUUUAUUAAUUUAAUGCAAAAGAAAUUUUGUUCGAAUUUUAUUAAAUAAAUAUAUUUAAAGAAAACCGUCGUAUUUCUUAUGUUAAUAACAGAAAGGAAGGAUUAUUAGACAUUAGCAUGGUUCGUAAAUCAAUAUAAUAUAUAAAUUAAGUAUAGAUGAUUUUUUAUCGUAAAAUAAAUAUGCGAACGAAAAGAAAAGAAACGAAAUCAAAUUGAUCUGCAAAUUGCACAAGGUAUAUAAUAUAGAAACAAAAAUAAAAUAGUUCCAUCACUUGGGUAUAAGUUUAAUGAAAUGUUACGACAGUUUGUGUACGCGUUGUCGCAUAUCAUACUAUGUCAAACUUUUUCCAUAUUCUCUCGUAUGUAUUCACAAUUUUCACAAUGUAUAUAUGACAUACAAUAUGAUAAUUAAUAAAUACAUUCACAUAUA